GGGGAGGUGUGCAGGGCUGGGGUCACUGACUCUGCUUCCCCUGCCCCACAUGGUGUCCCCACAGGGACAGCAUGGACAGCGUCAAGCAGAGUGCGGCCCUGUGCCUCCUGCGACUCUACAAGGCCUCGCCUGACCUGGUGCCCAUGGGCGAGUGGACGGCACGUGUGGUACACCUGCUCAAUGACCAGCACAUGGGCGUGGUCACGGCUGCUGUCAGCCUCAUCACCUGUCUCUGCAAGAAGAACCCAGACGACUUCAAGACGUGCAUCUCCCUGGCUGUGUCGCGCCUCAGCCGGAUUGUCUCCUCAGCCUCCACCGACCUCCAGGACUAUACCUACUACUUCGUCCCAGCGCCCUGGCUCUCGGUGAAGCUCCUGCGGCUGCUGCAGUGCUACCCGCCUCCAGAGGAUGCAGCUGUGAAGGGGCGGCUGGUGGAAUGUCUGGAGACUGUGCUCAACAAGGCCCAGGAGCCCCCCAAAUCCAAGAAGGUGCAGCACUCCAACGCCAAGAACGCCAUCCUCUUCGAGACCAUCAGCCUCAUCAUCCACUAUGACAGUGAGCCCAACCUCCUGGUGCGGGCCUGCAACCAGCUGGGCCAGUUCCUGCAGCACCGGGAGACCAACCUGCGCUACCUGGCCCUGGAGAGCAUGUGCACGCUGGCCAGUUCUGAGUUCUCCCACGAAGCCGUCAAGACGCACAUUGACACCGUCAUCAAUGCCCUCAAGACGGAGCGGGACGUCAGCGUGCGGCAGCGGGCAGCUGACCUCCUCUACGCCAUGUGUGACCGGAGCAAUGCCAAGCAGAUCGUGUCAGAGAUGCUGCGGUACCUGGAGACAGCCGACUAUGCCAUCCGCGAGGAGAUCGUCCUGAAGGUGGCCAUCCUGGCUGAGAAGUACGCCGUGGACUACAGCUGGUAUGUGGACACCAUCCUCAACCUCAUCCGCAUUGCGGGCGACUACGUGAGUGAGGAGGUGUGGUACCGUGUGCUACAGAUCGUCACCAACCGUGAUGACGUCCAGGGCUAUGCCGCCAAGACGGUCUUUGAGGCGCUCCAGGCCCCCGCCUGUCAUGAGAACAUGGUGAAGGUUGGCGGCUACAUCCUUGGGGAGUUUGGGAACCUGAUUGCUGGGGACCCCCGCUCCAGCCCCCCAGUGCAGUUCUCCCUGCUCCACUCCAAGUUCCACCUGUGCAGCGUGGCGACGCGGGCGCUGCUGCUGUCCACCUACAUCAAGUUCAUCAACCUCUUCCCCGAGACCAAGGCCACCAUCCAGGCCGUGCUGCGGGCCGGCUCCCAGCUGCGCAAUGCUGAUGUGGAGCUGCAGCAGCGAGCCGUGGAGUACCUCACCCUCAGCUCGGUGGCCAGCACCGACGUCCUGGCCACAGUGCUGGAGGAGAUGCCGCCCUUCCCCGAGCGCGAGUCGUCCAUCCUGGCCAAGCUGAAACGCAAGAAAGGGCCAGGGGCCGGCAGCGCCCUGGAUGAUGGCCGGAGGGACCCAAGCAGCAACGAUAUCAACGGGGGCGUAGAGCCCACCCCCAGCACUGUGUCGACGCCCUCGCCCUCCGCCGACCUCCUGGGGCUGCGGGCAGCCCCUCCCCCGGCAGCACCCCCAGCUUCUGCAGGGGCAGGGAACCUCCUGGUGGACGUCUUCGAUGGCCCGGCCGCCCAGCCCAGCCUGGGGCCCACCCCCGAGGAGGCCUUCCUUAGCCCAGGUCCUGAAGACAUCGGCCCUCCCAUUCCGGAAGCCGAUGAAUUGCUGAAUAAGUUUGUGUGUAAGAACAACGGGGUUCUGUUCGAGAACCAGCUGCUGCAGAUCGGAGUCAAGUCAGAGUUCCGGCAGAACCUAGGCCGUAUGUAUCUCUUCUAUGGCAACAAGACCUCGGUGCAGUUCCAGAAUUUCUCACCCACUGUGGUCCACCCCGGAGACCUCCAGACUCAGCUGGCUGUGCAGACCAAGCGCGUGGCUGCGCAGGUGGAUGGUGGCGCGCAGGUGCAGCAGGUGCUCAAUAUCGAGUGUCUGCGGGACUUCCUGACGCCCCCGCUGCUGUCCGUGCGCUUCCGGUAUGGUGGCGCCCCCCAGGCUCUCACCCUGAAGCUCCCAGUGACCAUCAACAAGUUCUUCCAGCCCACAGAGAUGGCGGCCCAGGAUUUCUUCCAGCGCUGGAAGCAGCUGAGCCUCCCUCAACAGGAGGCGCAGAAAAUCUUCAAAGCCAACCACCCCAUGGACGCAGAAGUUACUAAGGCCAAGCUUCUGGGGUUUGGCUCUGCUCUCCUGGACAAUGUGGACCCCAACCCUGAGAACUUCGUGGGGGCGGGGAUCAUCCAGACUAAAGCCCUGCAGGUGGGCUGUCUGCUCCGGCUGGAGCCCAACGCCCAGGCCCAGAUGUAUCGGCUGACCCUGCGCACCAGCAAGGAGCCCGUCUCCCGUCACCUGUGUGAGCUGCUGGCACAGCAGUUCUGAGCCCUGGACUCUGCCCCCGGGGAUGUGGCCGGCACUGGGCAGCCCCUUGGACUGAGGCAGCUUUGGUGGAUGGGGGACCUCCACUGGUGACAGAGAAGACGCCAGGGGUUGGGGGAUGCCUGGGACCUUCCUCCGGCCUUUUGUAUUUUUAUUUUUGUUCAUCUGCUGCUGUUUACAUUCUGGGGGGUUAGGGGGAGCCCCCUCCCUUCCUUCCCCCCUCCCAAGCACAGAGGGGAGAGGGGCCAGGGAAGUGGAUGCCUCCUCCCCUCCCACCCCACCCUGUCGUAGCCCCUCCUACCCCCUCCCCAUCCAGGGGCUAUGUAUUAUUGUGAGCGAAUAAACAGAGAGACGCUAACA